UACUAUCGUUGGCAUGUGGCCCACCUCUAGUUGGUGUGCGCGGAGUGGAGUGAAAUAAAUCGAAGUAAUUUGCGUCGAGCGCUGCAAAAUAAUGGAUCGCACUUUUUAUGAAGGCUGGCUAAUUAAGUCGCCGCCCACCAAACGCAUUUGGCGAGCACGCUGGAGGCGUCGCUAUUUCACGCUGAAGCAGGGCGAGAUACCGGAGCAGUUCUGCCUCGAAUACUACACCGACCACAACUGCCGCAAGCUGAAGGGCGUUAUCGAUUUGGAUCAGUGCGAGCAGGUGGACUGCGGCCUGCGGUUGGAGAAUCGCAAGCAGAAGUUUCAGUACAUGUUCGAUAUCAAGACGCCCAAGCGCACCUAUUACCUGGCUGCCGAAACGGAGGCGGAUAUGCGCGACUGGGUGAACUGCAUCUGCCAGGUGUGUCACCUACAUGACACCAAGCAGUCGAAUGAGUUGCCACUGGGCGCUGUGGGUGCAGACGAAAACCGCACCCAGCACACAAGCUCCAGUGGCGGUUUGAGCAACUCCACGCAGAAUACGACCACCACAUCGUUGCACUCCUCUGCCGGAACAACAGCGCCCCAAGCCUCGGUCCCGAACGCUGGAGGAUCUGCCCAACUGCGACGCCCGGCGGUCAUUGAACAGCAACCAAUGCCCUCGAGUGUCGGCAACAAUAACUCAGACUCGGUGUAUGUAAACACGGAGUACAGCAAUCGCGAGACGAUGCUCUGCGAUGCCAACUUCGACCAGCAGGAACUGCUCUCGGCUGCCCAGCAGCAACCGCCACCAUCGCCGGCAACGGCUCUGUAUCUGAAUCACAGUGCUUUGAUCCAAGCUCAGGCGGCAGCUGCAGCCGCCGAGCAACUGCAGCAGCAGCAACAAGCAGCUCGCUUGGCCGUCAGCGCGAACGGCGUGGUGCGAAAGUUGCCGGAGCACCUGGUGCUCACUCAGCAAACUCUGGCCGAGGCAGCGGCCCAGCAACACAGCAGCGUGCAGGCUUCACCCGCUUUGAGCACCGCCUCCGGACCAUACAUACCGAUCAGCGAGUGCUUCUCGGGCAGCCCGAGAUUCCUGCCCGGCAGUGGAACUCCCGGUGCAGAUGUGGCCAUACCAAACAACCCCACCACGCCGUUGAACAACUUGGACCCCAAGUUCUACGAUACGCCGCGCAGUCAUAACAACAUUGGUCUGAAUCUGACCAACGAUCAGUCCUACUCACCGAAGAUUACCAAUUUGAGUCUGCAACAAUUGGCCAAUAACAAUGCUAGUAAACAGCGCUCCGACUCCGAUUCGGAAAGCGUUUUCACCGAUGACGAUGAGUGGGCUCAUCCUUUGCCCCUGCGCGAGAAUGUCGAUCGCAGCACUCGACCUUCGGAUAGUUCCAUUGAGAACGAAUCAUUCGUACUGACCUACUCGCAGCGUUUCUCCAAGAUGCCCGAAGAAGGUGGAGCGAGCGUGCCACCACCUGAAAAGAAUUCCAAGCUAGCGGGAGCAGCAUCUCUGGCAGAGGCUGGUGACCAAGGAACGCUGGAUAAGUUGGCCAAGGUGCUGAAGAACAAAAAUAAUCUCAUAUUGGACUUUAAGGAGAAUGAAAAAAUUCCUCGCGAUCUGCCGCAGCUGUCGGAUACGGAAAAUACUUCACCGGCCAUUGUGGCACGCCGCAACGCCCACUCCGCUUUCAUCGAAGAAAGCUACGACAUUCCAAGGUCUCAUCAGCAGCCUUACUACAACGUCAACCAGCUGCUGGGCGAGCGACCAGUCACCAGCCCACACAAUUCCAACCCCAUUGCUGCAUCGACGCCAAAUCUCAUGGCGGCCGAUUUGGGUGCAGUGGCCGCCAUCUCAGCGGCAGCGAAUCCCGGCCUGGUUGGCGGAGCACAGACAGCCGCCUCAUCGCCCACCAGUGCGCGAACGUUGCCCCGACACUGCUAUACUAAUGCAGCUCCCACAAAGAUGGAGGGCAAUGUUUUUCGAUACGACUUCAUGGAGCAGGCGGAUUGCCCGCCAGUGAACCGCAAACUUAAGCCAAAGGUGGCGGGAGGAUUGCCAGUUGUAGAGGACAAACCGCCGGAGGAAUUUCCGGCAAAGCCCCCGGUGGGCGUGGAGCAUUUAACCAAUAAAUUGGGUGCAGCCCAACUGCAGCAGGCGAUUGGACCGCCCAGCGUAGACAGAAAGUGCAAGCCGAAUGCCUAUAAGUUGGGUAAUCCGGUCACCAUGUCGCCGGCAACACGACGUUCCUCCGGAGCACCUCUUUCAAUGGUGCUGCCGCAUGAAACGGAUGUCCACUCCCCGGCAGCCAACGCCUUCUUCCAUGAGACCCGCACCCUGCCUCGCCAACAGCAUCGACAGCAUCCAAACAGUCCCGGCAGCAUGUCGGUACAGCAUCAGCGCACCGCAUCGGCAGCGGCUGCCAUGAUGAGCUUGACGGGAGCGGCCGCUCCCAAACAGCAAGCGGCGGCGCAGCCUGAGCAUAAGCUUCAGUACUUUGAUUUGGAUGUGACAAACAAACCGCCAUUGCUAAAUCGAUCCAGCAUGAGUGUGGGAAAUCUGUAUUCACAGGGAGGAAACGGAGCUAGUGGGAUGCGACUGGCUGGCGUAGAAGCUGGUGGAGCCCGUGCCCCAGUGCCCAGCAGCGUAGUCUAUAGAUCCGUGGACUUUGUCAAGACGGAGGCAUUCAAAAGGAUUCGAGAGGAGCGCGAGAGCAGCGGCAACAAGUAAAACUGCUGGUUCAGCUAAAUGGUAUCAAAUCUCCAGUACAUCAACUUGUCAACGUGCAAUAGCAAAGGACCAUGUGCUGAUCCGAAAUUUUCGUAGUGCCUAUUGGUGGUCAGCAGAGAAAAGCUGGCCACAUCCAAAAACAGUGCAAAUUCUGAGUGGCUUUUACAUUCGUUAACAUCGUCAAAUUCAUAACCCAUUAAAAACACAUAUCUAGCUUGUAAGUCGGCACCAGCAUUUUUGUGUGCUGCUUUGAAUCUAUAAUCUGUAAUCCGUAUCUGAAUCUGAAUCUAUGUCGUAUUCGUAUUUAAAUCGUGCUUCCAACACUUCCAUGUUUAUUGUUAAGCUUCGGAAUCAAAAUGUAACCAUGACAAA